AUGGGUCAAGGUCCUUCCGUGAGCCAUGAGAAUAGCACAAUCGAAUAUGCUGCGGGAUCUAGGAAAGGAUCAAACUCAAAAGUUGAAAAUGCUCAUCGCACUAUCCUUGACUUAGAUGGCUCCAGCUCCACAUCAUUCUUUGGUGUUUAUGAUGGCCAUGGAGGAGCUGAUGUAGCAUUGUAUUGCGCUAAUAACUUCCAUAGAGUGCUGGUAAACGAUGGAGAUUAUAAGGAUAAUUUGGAUGUGGCACUGAAGCGUGCGUUUGCCAGAAUGGAUGAGCAAAUGGACCAAAAUGAUGACUGGAGGACAUUGGCUAAUCCUCCUGGUGUUGGUGUCAAAUUGCUAUGUUUUCCGAGCACUCCCCCUCGUGUCCAGGGACCUCCAUACGUGGAAGGGAGCACGGCAUGCGUGGUUGUCAUUAGAGGAAACCAGAUCAUUAUUGGGAAUGUCGGCGACUCUUGUUGUGUACUCUCAAGGGAUGAUGGUCGGCAGGCAAUUGAGUUAUCGACCAAGCAUACGCCAGAAAAUGAGGAUGAAAGGAAGAUAAUUGAAAAUGCCGGAGGGCAACUACUCAAUGCAGGUGGCGCUGAUCUUGUUAAUGGGAUACUUCCUUUGACAAGAGCUAUUGGUACCUUCCGUUUCAAGUCACCUUCUGCAGGACAUAUUGUGACAUGUAUUCCAGACAUUGACAUUGCGGACAUCACUCAUGAUACCGAGUAUCUCCUUAUAGCAAAUCGCGCAUUUUGGGAUACCACUCCUAUAUCAAGUGAGAUGGCUGUUAAGUAUUUGAGGCAGUAUUCUGGGAGCUAUAGUGUUGCUAGCAUGUGCGAUAAGCUUCUGAAUCUUUGCCGCAACCCGGUGGACAACUUGACGCUGAUACUGGUUUACUUCAAGCCGAGUGCGAGGCUCCCACGUCCGGCCCCGCCUGCUCCCACCAACUUGUCCGUGCCUGUGCUGCACGUAAGGAGCUCUGACUGA